GGCGACCCCGCAAACCACCCGUCGAUAGUCGUGUUAACAGUCUACCACAGGGUGAGCGUUUGUUGUUUUUUUUUUAGGAACUUAACAGCCCAGCCGCGGCGGAAAAAAAACUCUUGUUUUUGGGGCUAGAAAGGAGGAAGGACCGCGGAGGAUGUGUGGGUGGGCGCUUUUUUGGCUAAUUAGCUUGCUAGCAUUCAUUUCUUUUCGUGUGUGUGUGUCCUUAAAACAAAAUAAAUAAGCUAAAUAAGGCCACGCUGAGGCGAUCGGCAAACGUUUUGUUACCAUCGUUUCUUUUUUUCCUCCCCCGUUUCACUGAACAUCUUAGCACAGUUAGCUUAGCGGGGCUGCUCUCCAUAAGCGUAAAGUCAAGAUCCGUAGCAUAGCUAGCUAGCCGGCUAGCUGUUAGCUACUAGCGCAAAAUGGCCUCAUUGUCGCUCGGUAGCUCUGAUGCUGAAAAGACAAAGCAUGCGGCAGUCACGGCCAGCGGCUCCCCGCCGCUCUCUCCGGCGGCCGCAGGGCCUCGAAACAGGCGGCUGAUGGCGGUUACGUGACAUUUUUGAUGGAGAUACUGUAAAAAUGAACGCCGCCGUGUUUAAAGUUUAUUUAUUAAUUGAGCACGGCGUGCUGUGAAAGUGCUGGUUUCAGUGUGCAGUGGGGGAUGGGGGCAUGCUAGCAGCCAUUGACGUAAAGCGAGCCUGCAUUUUGUUUGGCUUCUGGCUCCUAGCAUAAUACAACAGCUCUGUUUUUUAAUAAUAAUACACUUAUGUUUUGAUAUAACACUGUGGUGUACGUGUGCAUUACUGUGUAAUACUAGCAGUAUUAGCCUAAUUUCAAUGAGGUGAUUUUUUUUUUUUUAGUUUGCACUUGAUUACUCAUUUCCUGAUUUCUGCUAGACAAGUUUUUGAAUAUCAUACAAGUGUGUCAGCAUUUUCUUGUGAAGUCUUGUCAUGUAAGCGUGACUAACUUAACUGUAAAGGAUAUGAAUUAACAGGAGUGUGUGUGUGUGUGUGUAAGUGUGAUUUUGAUUGAAUUAGUUAAUCCUAGUUGAUAAUGAAGCAUCUAUAGCAGACAAAAUAUGUCUUAAAAUUAAUGUUAGUUAAAAGUUAUGCACAGUAGCACAGUUAUGAUGCACAAGGAUGUUUAUAAUGUUUACAUAGAAAAAAAAAAUCCACCAUAGGCAGUAAUUUUGGGGUGUCAGUGCUUUGCAAUUGAGGAAUUUCUAUGCGCAUGUCAAAUUUUAGGUAGCCUAAUAGAUCGGGGAAAUUAUUGUAGCACCAUUUGAGUUAUUUAUAUUAUAUUAUAUAUGCAUGCACACUGUUUCUUUGCGUUUGCUGUGUGACUCAGUUUGUCUGCUACAGGUGCAACAUCAGAAUAAUCAGGUAUAAACAAUUUCCAGUCUGUUGUAGGCCUUUUUUUACAAUCAGGAAAUUAUAUAAAUCAAAUAUCGGACAUUGCUUUUUUGUAGAUUUAGUAGUUUCCUUGAGAUUUAACCCCAAAAUGCUAUAACCUAUAGGGUGUACAGAAACCACUUUUAUCUAUAUACCUGUCAUGUCCACAACUGUUUUUUAAUUCUCUGUGCAGUGUGCUUUCUCUCAGGUUGUAGGUCUCCCUGGUUGUAUAUCUCAUUUCCUAUUUGAACGUUUACACACUGUUGUUUUUCCUUCAGGGAGAUAGUGCUCUCUAGUGUCUCUUGUUUAACAGGGGCCAGCACAAACGCACCAAACACAAGAAGACAACACAUGUCUAUAAUUGUUUUCUCACCCUUUUUGUAUUUUUAGAUCGCCGGGUACCUUCAUAAAUGACUUUUAUUUUUUUUCCUAUUCUGUCCACUGUCAGGAAAUGUUCUGUAUUCAAGCGAGGACUCAGCCAUUGAGUGUACAUUAGAUCCACUUCCUUGUUUUUUUUUUGUAUGGGUUGUAACUUUUUUACAACACGGUGCUAAUUCCAGAUAAUCCAUCUAAUCAAUCACGGGAGGAUGGUAGCUGUAAUGUAAUCCCUUUUUCUCGUUUUAUGUCAGGUUCAUUUGUAUGUGUAAAGAAGCACAGUACCUCCCUCUAUUGAACUGAAGACGAGUUUGCAAUCAUUUCCUGAAUUAGAAAAAUCAUACAAUUGUUUGAUUACAUGUUUGAUUAUAUGUUGAUCAAAUGUAAAAUGUUACAUUUUUGUCAUCCCUGUUUUUGGCUGCAAAAAUCUUGCGACAAUGUCUUAAUUGUAAAAUAGUAUGUGUUUUCCACAGAUCAUAGGGCUUUAGUGAGUUUUUGUCUGGCAUCCUGAGGUGAAUAUUUAAAGAAAACAACACUUCUUUGUUGGUAUGGAGAUGAAUUCUGAGAAUAACCGCAGAAAAGUGGGACGUUUUCUUUGUAAAAUUAACAACUUUCUGUUGUUUUUUGUGUUCUGUAAACCUUGAAAAUCCAACAUGUAUCAGUACUGUUUUCAUUGUACCCCCUUGGUUUUACUUUUUGUGAUUAUUUUAUAAAGAAUGUAUCACAAAUAGAAAAAUUGGAGCAAGUGGAAUCAUUCAUCCAAACGCCCUGCCCGCAGGUUUUUACACAGAGGACACAGCCGGACACUGCAAACUAUUUUUCUGUCUGAUGGAAAAUUAAAUGCCACAGGCUGCAGUUCAGAGCUCAGUCUCCUAUUUACUUGCAUCCCGUUUAUUUUGGGGAGUCAGAGGGCCUUAAAUGUUGGCAGGACUGUUGUUUUGUUCCUCUAAGACAUCUGUGUACUCCAAACGGUGUGUAAUAAGGAAGUUGACUCUUAUUUUUCUUCCCCUCCCUCAGUGAAGAGAAAGUGAAAAUCUUGUUCUACUAGUUUUUGAAGCGUGUCGUGUGUAGCCCUGGAAACCUGAUAUCCCUUGUAAAUAUUAGUGGAUCAUGGUGGUAUGUUCUAUUGUGAAUAUUGUGAAUGUUAUUUUCCACAUUUCUAUCACUUUUACCCCUUAAAAGCACCUUAUUGAUUAGGAUAUUUUCUUGAUCACAGGUGGCAGUGGGAAAGAAUAUAAGUGCACUGAUCAUGUAACUUGAGUGCUGUUUUUGUUUUCUGACAAAGGUCUCUCUAGUCUGUGCUUACUUUGAUGCAGCGUCGGCUUUUAGUUGGUAACCAUGCUAUUUUCGGUGGCUCAGUGGUCUGUUAAAAGUGUGGUUGUUCCGCCCAGCAGGAGUCUUGCCUCUGACUGGCCUAAAAUGGGCAGAAAUGGUGCUGAACAAAAGCUGCUUGUCGCUCGUACAAAAGUACUUGAAGCGUUGCAGCCGGGACCAAGCUGCAUUGCUAUUGCCUGUGCCUCUCAACAGGAAAGAGAGACAUCAUGUUCCCGAAGGGCACCAAGCGCAAGUUCUCAGACUCCGCGGAGGAGCCGGUCUCCAGCAGUGACCAGGGCCCUUCAGCAGCUUCAUCAGCGGCAGCUGUGGCGGCUCGGACGCUGUCGUCCUCUUACAGCCUGCAAAGGCAGUCGCUGCUUGACAUGUCGCUGAUCAAGCUGCAGCUCUGCCACAUGUUGGUGGAGCCAAACCUGUGCCGCUCAGUGCUCAUCGCUAACACGGUGCGGCAGAUCCAGGAGGAGAUGACCCAGGACGGCACCUGGCAGAUAAUGACCCAGGCCCUGGCAGCUGCACAGUGUCCCGCAGACCGCCUGGUGGCUACCGAGGUGCUGUGCCGGCAGACAGACGCGGCAGCUCAGGCUGGGCAGAGCCCGAAGCCCUUCUCAGUGGUUGGUCUGGAGGAAGGCUACCACGCCGAGGAGGUGGUGAUGGAGGGAGAUGUCGAGACCGAGGUCACCAUGUCCACUUUGUCGCCCGUCUCCCCCCAGAUGUCCUCUGCUUCUUACCUGGCAGGUCCUUUCGGUAUGGGACCGUGCUGGGAGGAAGAAGAGGAAGAAGGUGAGUGCGAGGAGGAUGAAGACGAGGACAGCGAGGAGUGUGUGUCAGAGGGAGAGGAGGCAGACCGGGACCACCUGAGCGCAGACUCCAGGACAGGGGAGCAGGUUUUUGGGACUUUUGAGAUCAAGCACCCAGCGCCGCCCCCUGACCCUGCCCUCGAAGAACUGUUUUCAGACGUGGACCCGUCCUACUAUGACCUCGAUACGGUGCUGACAGGCAUGCAGAGCGCCCCAAAGAUGGGGCCUUACGAUCUGCUAGAGAGCCUUUCCUCCCACGGGCCGACCACCCUGAGCUCCAGCUCGAGCUGCAGGUCAGACCUGAAUGAACUGGACCACAUCAUGGAGAUCAUAGUGGGAUCCUGAAACUCAGAACAUUCCUUUGGCCUGUACUGAUCCCUCAGACUCUUUCCAGACUAUGCACAGUACACAUGUGCAUGUUCUGUAUGUGGUAUUGUUACACAUGGAGAUUGUUGGAGGUUUUGGGACAAGGUGGGAAAUUAACAGCAAGCCAGGUAGAUUUUGGGAUCGGCUGUUAGAGGUGUAGUUAGUCCGCUCUAACCACCGCUUAGGCAAGUCGGCAGCUGCUGUUGGGACCUUUCAUCGUUUAUUCAAAAAAAUGUAAUUGGCAACGAACAGUGAGGGUGAAAUUUAAUGAAUUUUGGGAUUCACAAGCCUUCGCAGCCUUGUGGGCAAAGCGGUUAGUUUCCUACUUUGUUGAUGAAAUCCAAAACGUGACAAUAUCUGUGAGAAGGCAAAGAUAAUUACCUAUACCAUGAUGCAUUCUUAUUUACGUACUUUCCAUGUUUACGUCUGUCAUACAUUCUGUCAUACUAGCUCCGUCUGGUCGUACUUUCUGCCAUUUUGUCCAUCUCUAUUUAUUGUUACAUGGACUGAGGAACAAUUCAUCACACUACAUGCAUCAGAAAACCAGAACAAAUUGUAAAUCCAAAUCUAUGAAUCAAUGCAUAUUUUCCUAAAGAUUUGAGCAAUUAUGAAUGGAAUAUAUGUAUAUGUACGUAUGUGUAUAUAGAAAUAUAUUUUUUGCAUUAUACAGCUGGGGGAUUUUGCAAGUAUCAUUUGAUAUUAUUUUUAUUUUUCCCUCCCAGGCGGUUUUUAAGAUUUUAAUGUAGCCAGACUCGAGACAGUGUCUUCCCAUGGUUUGGUAUAACAAGUCGACUGUAACAGGUGUCAGGGCUGGCAUUGUCACACUUUAUAGGCGCUGUUCUUUCAUUUUCUUAAAGCUUUAUGCAGGACAGGGAAAUUACUACCGGGUUAAGUUUUGACUGUUUCUGGUAAGUUAACAGUACCCAGAGUAAGUUUCCUGCCCUGCUUUACAUACAGAUCUAAUAACAAUAAUAAUAACAGCUUUUUUUCCUGAAGCAUUUGGAGAAACCACGGGGUGAUAACUGCAUCAAGAAGCCAUAUUUCUUUCUCUCAUUUGUUCAUACUACAAAUGAAGAAUUCUGUGUGUUAACCCAACCUAAUUUAUUGUUGUUUUAUUUAUUGUAUUUAUUAUAUCUAGGUACAGACACGCCACAUUGACUUCAAAUCGACCACGAGGCCUGAUGAAAUUAUAUUUAUCCAAAUUUCGCCCUCCGUUUUUGAAUGCAGUACCUAUUUAUUCCUCACAUUUAAAAAAAAAAAACAAAAAACUAUUAUUAGUAAUAAUAAAAAAACCGGGUUACUAUUCAAGUCACUAUGCAGCUCUGUCAUAACGUGUUUCAAAAUGAUUGUAUACGACUCAAAUGUCCUUUAAUUCCUUUUAUGCAAACAGUUGCCUUUCUCCUAAAGAUGUGGAAAAAUCAAAUGCAUUUUUCAAAAUUGUUCCUUACGAUGAAGAGAUUAACUCAGGCAAACAAAAUGUAUUGACAAAAAUACAGUAUUACGACACGCUUAAUACCUUACCACAACACUCCUGAAGGAUGUCACUCUGGUCUGAAUGGGAGCUAGAACUUCAAAGACUAAUUACCGUUGUAAAAUGUAUGCAUUUUUUUAUAUUAAGGAAAAAAACAUUGUAGCAUCUUUGUAAAUAUUUUUUAUAAUAAAAGGUGCAACUAUUGA